GGCACGAUUGCAUAGUUAAGAGGCGACCCCACGUCAUCGGUAUCAUUAGCGUAAGGCCGACUCCGCAGAACUUCUUCUUAGCUACAACUUCUCCAAAUGACUGACUCGACGCGCAUUUUCUCCCUUCUGAGGGAAACAGACAUACCGCUGCGCACAUGUGCACCAAAUUAGCACCGUGACAAUAAAUGACCAUCUUAUUCCAACUGUUGUGUCCAGUCUAGAGUCCUUCUCCGAUCUCCAGGCCCUCCGCCAUGGCUCCUCCUGCUAUUCCCGCAGCAGACCUCAGCUCAUUCACCACUUACCUAAAAGGGUGCAGGCGAGUAAUUGCCUUAUUAGGAGCUGGGAUCUCUGCAUCAUCAGGUCUUCCCACCUUUCGAGGAGCCGGUGGUCUAUGGCGAUCGUACGACGCGACGGACCUCGCAACGCCCGAGGCGUUCGAUGCCAACCCAGACCUAGUAUGGCAGUUCUACAGCUAUCGAAGACACAUGGCCUUGAAAGCACAACCGAAUCGUGCACAUUAUGCUCUGGCUGAGCUUGCACGAAAGAACAAGGACUUCAUAACACUAAGCCAGAAUGUCGACGGCCUUUCACAACGGGCCAGACACCCGCCACAUCAGCUUCAUCUCCUUCAUGGCUCACUUUUCACCGUAAAGUGCACGUCCUUCUAUUGCAGCUAUUCCCGCGAGGACUUUACCGACCCAAUUGUUCCCGCUCUCGCUCUGCCAAAGAAACUUGAACCAUCUGCAACAGAUAGAACGGGCGAAGAGGCUUCUCGAUCUAUUGCCAGUGCAUUAGGGAACAAUGAGGAUGAGGCUGAUGUAUCGGACGAGCGUGUUCCUCUUUCCGCAGUGCCUUAUGAAGAGCUUCCCCACUGCCCGGAAUGCAAAGAUGGGCUUCUACGUCCUGGGGUGGUGUGGUUCGGAGAGAGUCUACCAUCACAUACGAUUGAUUACGUGGACGAGUGGUUGAACAAAGGAAAGGUUGACUUGAUACUGGUAGUAGGUACAAGUUCGAGGGUGUACCCCGCAGCAGGAUAUGUGGAUAAGGCUCGCAGUAAAGGGGCUAGAGUGGCGGUGGUAAAUAUGGACCGCAAUGAUGUUGGCUCUUCCGGAUUGAAACCUGGAGAUUGGUUUUUUGAGGGCGAUGCGGGUACUAUUGUUCCUGAAAUUUUGAAGGGAGUGAUUGGCGAUAUAUAAUUCACAGCUUUGCUACUAUUUCUUCUACAGCUGAACAGAGUACCGCGAAAAUCCGAGAUCUCUUCUAAUAACGUCGGAUAUCUCUCACUGCGCACAUUUAGG